GGCCGUGGUGUACGCGGGGACGCUGCGUGGUGACGCAGCAGGAGGAGCUGAGGCGUUGCUGCCCGCCCUUCCUCCUCCUCCUCCGCGCCCCGCCGGACCGUGACAGAGCGGCGGAGCCAGCCGCGAGCGCCGCCGCCGGGGCCCCUCAGCCGCCGCCAGGGCCCGGGGGAGCAGCCGGCGCUGCCGCUGGCCAUGGUGGCCCGCCUGCCGCCGGGGGGGCAGGAGCAGGCGCGGCGGCGGCGGCCGCCAUUGCGCGCGGGGGCCGCGGGACUAUGAAGGAUGGAAGCGGACGAGGUGACGAUCCGCGAGCAGAACUUCCACAGCCAAGUGCGGGAGUACACGAUCUGUUUUCUCCUAUUUGCUGUUCUCUACAUAGUUUCCUACUUCAUAAUCACAAGAUACAAAAGGAAAGCAGAUGAGCAAGAGGAUGAAGAUGCCAUCGUUAACAGAAUAUCGCUGUUCUUGAGCACCUUCACUCUAGCAGUUUCAGCUGGUGCAGUCCUGCUUCUACCUUUCUCAAUAAUCAGCAAUGAGAUCCUGCUUUCUUUUCCACAAAACUACUAUAUUCAGUGGUUAAAUGGCUCACUAAUUCAUGGUUUAUGGAAUCUUGCUUCUCUUUUUUCAAAUUUAUGUUUGUUUGUGUUGAUGCCCUUUGCCUUUUUCUUCCUGGAAUCGGAAGGAUUUGCUGGCUUAAAAAAGGGCAUCAGAGCACGCAUUUUGGAAACGCUUGUAAUGCUUAUUCUUCUUGCACUGCUUAUCCUCGGAAUCGUGUGGGUGGCUUCAGCACUCAUAGACAAUGAUGCUGCCAGUAUGGAGUCUUUGUAUGACCUCUGGGAAUUCUACCUCCCAUAUUUAUAUUCCUGUAUAUCACUGAUGGGAUGCUUGUUACUUCUCUUAUGCACGCCAGUGGGACUCUCGCGGAUGUUUACAGUAAUGGGUCAGUUGCUGGUGAAGCCAACAAUCCUUGAAGACCUAGAUGAGCAGAUGUAUAUCAUCACUUUAGAGGAAGAAGCAAUUCAGAGGAGGCUUAACGGUGUAUCUUCCACGGUGGAAUACCAGACAGUAGAGUUGGAACGGGAGCUUGAAAAAGUGAAAAGCAAGAAAACGAAUCUAGAACGGCGGAAAAAAGCUUCUGCUUGGGAAAGGAAUUUAGUCUAUCCAGCUGUUAUGAUAUUGCUACUGAUUGAGACAUCCUUCUCGGUCCUCUUAGUUGCUCUCAACAUUCUUUACCUGUUGGUUGAUGAGACUGCAAUGCCAAAGGGAUCAGGGGGGCCUGGAAUAGGAAAUGCCUCCCUAUCCACCUUUGGUUUUGUGGGAGCAGCACUUGAAAUCAUUUUGAUUUUCUAUCUUAUGGUAUCCUCUGUCGUCGGCUUCUACAGUCUUCGUUUUUUUGAAAAUUUCACUCCCAGGAAGGAUGACACAACUAUGACAAAGAUCAUUGGAAACUGUGUCUCAAUCUUGGUGCUGAGCUCUGCUUUGCCAGUGAUGUCAAGGACACUGGGAAUCACCAGAUUUGAUCUGCUUGGAGACUUCGGAAGGUUUAACUGGCUGGGAAACUUCUAUAUUGUGUUAUCUUACAACUUGCUCUUUGCUAUCAUGACCACGUUGUGUCUGGUCAGAAAGUUCACUUCUGCUGUGCGAGAAGAGCUCCUGAAGGCAUUAGGAUUAGAUAAACUUCAUCUGUCAAACAAUCCAAGAGACUCAGAGACAAAGCCAUCUGCAAACGGGCAUCAGAAAACACUGUGAUUAACAAUCACCUGCAAUCAACAGAGCUGAAAACACCAACCUCAUGGCAUUCCUGUCAUCUCAUCGGCAUUUUUAUAUUGAUUUUAUUUGUUGAUAAUUGAGGUCCAACCAUGUCUCAUAUUUUGAUGCUGUGUGUUUCUGAGGAAGUUAGGUAUAUCAGAUUCUUCUCUUUCCGGUGAACUUUUGGUCUGCUUGGUUAUUUCCCAGUAAGUUAAUGCAGGAGGUGCCUUGAAGACUGGAAGCUGAAGAGAAUAAUGCAUUCCUUUUUAUUUGUUGACAGUCUCAUAUCUUUAGGUAUAAACCUGCUACCAUUUGAAUGCACAGUACCUCCUGUUUUACACAGACACAGCUAUAAAGAAUAACUUUGGGACUUGGUUUAAAAAAGAAAAGAAAAAAAAAGAAAAAAAAGAUAAACUUGAAGCCGUAUAUGACCCUUACUGGAAAUGUAAACUACCUGGAGUAGGUGUCCUGACAGUGGCUAAACAGUUCCACUGAGAAUGUGUUUAAAAAUGACAGUAACUGGUAGAGAUCCCAGUUCUGUUCAUGCUGGAUACAGUAGGCUGUUUGUAGGCCGAUGUCACGAAGCUUUCCGUUCUUAGCUGCACAUGCCAGGUUGCUUUACUGGUAGCCAGACAAUGUCUUAUUGAGUAGAGUGAAGUACAAGAUGAAGAUUAACUUCAGUGUUAAAUCUGAGCCUAGUAUGCUUUGUAAAAAGCUGCGUAGACCUCCUGUCACAGCUCUUACAGUUCUGUAAGCUAUUGUGCCACGGAGGUCACUUACCCUACCAAGUACAUCCCUGUAAAAUUCUUUAUGAACUACUGUGUAUAAGCAGUACUUGGAAUCAAUGCAAGUAGCACAGGCCUAGGAGGCUGCAGUUGCAGUUUUUUUACAAUCUUCUUUAAUUUGAAGUAAAUUAUUUCUCUGAAUUUAUACUAUAGUUACCAGGAUUUCUGUUCGGUGGCAUAAUCCAGUAUCUUUCACUAGCCUGUUUUUUAAUGUACACAUGAACAUGUAUAUAGGCCUAUAUGUAUAGAUAUCGUAAAUUAAAUUCUAAGCUUAUAGAGAUGACAUAGGUGACUUGGUAAGUAAAACUUGUGUGUUCAAUCUUGAUAGUAUGAAUUUCUGCGGUGUCACAGUUUAACUGCUCAGAGGCCUUAGAUUCAGGAUGGCAUCGGUGGGUGGUAACACCCUUUUUCUUAGCACUACUGCAGCCUUAGGAGUCCUUUACGCAGUUUAUAGUAAAGAAAAAACCCACCAACCAAAACUCAAGUAAGUAUUCCAAAUCCAGUCGCACAUUUUUUUGUCCUGCUCUGCCACGAGUAAUCUUCAAACAGCUUGGAAUGGGGACACCUUCAGCGUGUGCCUGUUAUGUGGCAAGUCAGGUAACAUUCCUGUUUAUUUCCUGUUUCUGUACAACAAGUCUGUCUGUCUGGAGUUUGGGGUCUUAUGCAUGAUCAAGUGGUGACAACUAACUCUCCGGUGUGGUUCCAAAAUAAGAUAAACCUUGUGUCAGAAACUCUAUGGCUGUUCUCCUGAGAUCACUGCUCUUGGCUGUAGGCUUGCUGUUCUGUGUGUGAAUGUGAGCUGCUUUGUUUUGUUUGUUGUUUUUUUUUCUUUUUUUUCCCUGGAGUGCUUCAAAAAUCAAGGUCUAGUAUACAGAAGGAUUUCUCAGUUUGGUAUUUUGGGUUUUUUUUGUUUUGUUUUUUUCAGCUGCCUUUUCUGACAUGAACUAGGCAUGAUGUAAAUACUGCUGUAGUAAAUAUGCUUGAGAGUUGGGUUUUUUUUUUGUGUGAUUAGUAUAAGUUCAAGGCUUAUUAAAAUGAGUAUUGAUGUGUUGUACUGAGUCUUGGAAGACAAAGUAAAACUGCUUGAUUUCACUAAGAUUUACAAGCAUCUUUUCUGUUGUUUGAGUUUAAUGCUGACAUUUUGGUGAGAAAUCUUUAUCUGAUGCAGAGUUCUGCAACCAAGAACAGGGAGCUAUACUUAAGAGUUGUUUUAAAAUGUGUUUACAUUUAAAAUAUUGGGAGAUUUAUUAUCAAGGGCGUCAUUCAGGUAUUCUCAGAACUUGUAGCCUUAUGUAUUAGCAUUGUAGUUAAAAAUAACUGAAAUGUAUCCACUUGUCCAUGCAAGUGGUUGUGUGACCAAAAUUGUCUUCAUGUCUUAAUGGGGCUGGUGAAUUGUGGUGUGUGAGGCUAGUUAGCUUUAUUAGAAUAUUUCUAUUACAACUUUAAGACAGUUACUGAAAUACAGUCUGUGAAACUGAAGAAAUUAAUUUAAAGAAUAACUCUAGGGAGCGUGAACCAGCGUAGGUCUUGCUUUUUGUGCUUUUUUCAGUUGUUAGACUGACACGAUGUUUUGGAGAGAUGUUUGUCCUGGCAUCAGUGACCCAAGAGCAUAGAAAGAGGUGGGAUUAUGUGUGCGUGGCUUCUGAAAGUGAGUGGGGCAGUUAGUUAAAUCGAGCGGAGACAGUUCCUGCUGAUAAGCACACAAGCUUCAGGCAAGACUUUCAAAUUCUCUUUCAAAACAAAUGUUACAGCCUUGCUUGUUCCAACCCCUUCUGCUGGAUUCGGCAGGCAGCCAUGUAUGGGUGAAGGCUACAUUAGUGAAGAUUUUUACACUGAAAUUGGGAGGAUGAUGAAGAUGCUGUGUGGUUUCCAAGGUGGCUGAGAAAUUCAGAACUACCCUGUGCAACUACUGACAGUGUUUUGUUUUAAAAUCAGCUGUUGAUAUUGUGACACUGUCCACGUUAAAAUAUGCCUUUGGCCUUGAAAAUGACAUGCUUAUGCAAAACUCCUUUAUAGAUAUGAUGCUACUUUCAAAUAAAUAUACUACGUGUAAGAUACAGGUCACUAUAUACUUGUCACAGAAGCAUAUGGUCACUUAAAUACGAGCAACUGGUAAUUCAUUAAUGGAUAUUGACGAUACAUUCCUAGUAUUUUGACUCAUGUAGAGUCAGGUGGUUUAUACCUUCAAGGUAUAUACAGCUGAUCUUAGUAACAUUAACAUGUGCCUCACUUCUUAUGAGGCAAAAAGCACAUAAAUGCUUCCAUCCUCAACUAGGUACCACACAAGACCAAAAAAUAGAUGUAAAUUAAGUGUUUUAAACUAGCUGUUUCCUGGCUUUAUUCUGUGUUGGUAGCACAAUACUAAAUGCAGUGGCAGAACUGUAAUAUUGUGGGAUUUCUAAGCGUAAAGCACACAUACUUAUCACUUUAAGCUAAAAAAUAAUAGCAUUGGUUACUGUACAAGCGACAGUUUUUGCAUUCAUAGGAAGCUUUGUUUACUGUCUGUAAUACGAUGUUUAUCUUUGGCCCUGUUCCUCCCAUACCUUUUACCCUGUUGACUGUUUUAGUGUCAUAGAAAUUAAAGGAUUUGACAAGUUGUUUUCCAUGUCUGCUUCCAAAGUACCACUCGAGCAUCCCAGAGGCACGGCUGCAUGCUGCAGUCCAGCCCGUGCACUGUGUGCUUAAUGGGAUGACGAGGGGAGCGGCCGCUGCAGAGCGACGCUUUCUCUGGCACAUCACGCCACGUGCGAAGGGGGCUGUGGUCCUCCUCUGUCCCACUGGCUCUGUCCUGCUCGCCCGUACGUCUCUGUGGCAGCUGAUGCUCCUACUUCGGGUGGUGUGCCCGCUGCUGUGUCGUAAAGGCCCUUUUCUUAGGGAAUUUACAAUCUAAAUGAGAAAGGAAUAAGGUAGAAACAAAGAACACUUGGCUUCUUUAUGCAUGUGACUUUCCUUGAAUUUUGGAAGAAUGUUCCAGGUUAUUUUCCUCUCUCUUUUCCUCCUCAUCCAGAAGUGUGAUGGGCUGAGGCAGUGCACAGACAGUAGCUGAGCCUUAUGCUUAAUGGAUUUAAGCAGCAUCUACAGCUGUGAAAUACCAAAUACAGGAAGACAGCAAAAUCCUGUUGUUUUACAUACACUCUGAUUUUUAAAAUAGCAAUUUUUUAAAAUCUAGGUAAAGUCAUUCAAGCAGAGGCAGUACACUAAUGCCAUGUUAAUAACCUCUUUAAAGAGAAAUAUGCUUAGUUUUGUUUUAAAAAGUGGUGAUGUGAACUGUGAACCUUUAAAUGCUGUAGGAAGUAAGGCCCCUUCCCCCCCCUCCGAGUUAGUAUUUUGGUUGUUUUAGUGCUGACUUGAGACAAUACUGCAUACACUAACUUCCCUCCCUAAGCCGUAGAUUUCAGGAGCUGAAGUCUUGAGCUCCUGGAUAUUGAAUUUACUGUUGGUAAACUGGCAGGUUAUUUCAGUCAUGUUAACAGCAUCUGAACUUUACAAAAGUGCUGCUUUUGAAUUCAUCUCGUCAGGGAGAGCAACCUAAGCCAACAGCCAUCGCCCGCAGGGUCCUGACAUGGAUCCCCACACCCCCUCGAGUCCAAGGGAAGUCUGCUGGUGGUGAUAACCACUGCCACCUUGUUCUCCCUUGCCUGGUGCCCUUACCUCAGGCAAACUGGCUUUGACGUGGUCGUAAGAAGUUGCGAUGCUCCAUUUCUGCUCAAGGUGUGAGGUCAGCCCAUGGUUUGUCUGUCUGCCACAAGCAGUUGUAGGUGCUGAAUCGGGUCAGUUCUGAUUGGGAUGGCAGACUCUCAGGGUUUCCAGGUGAUAGCUGCGCGUGGCCUUGAACUGUAGCUUUUGCUUUCAGCUCCGCUUUGUUGGGGCUAAGAAGUUGCCUGGGAUUUUCUGGUCGUAAGUUUCUGUGCAGGCUGUAAGGGAUCUCUUACAAGUUUCAUUGCAACAGCUAAAGCCUGACAAUACCAGUCAGAAUCUUGGGAAGGAGAACACAUCUGGUGGGGAAUUAACACGAAAUGGGACUUGCAGAAUCCUUGCUGUGCCCGACUGUGUUGGGGAGGGCUGGGGUGGGGAAUGACAUGGGGCUCACCUGUGCAGACAGUCUGGCUUCCAUUCUUUUUCUAGUCAAUCUUUAAAAUUCCAUAUUACUAAAAAUGUAUUUAAAAUCCUUAAAGUGAUGAAAUUCAGGCGCUGAUGAAACUUUUUCUAAAUCUGACCUUAAUUCUUGAAGACAUCUAACAUCUUGGCUUGCUUUCCUUUUUCAUGUUUUCAAGUCAUUCGCUAUUGGCGAAUCAUCAGCGUUGAUGUUACUAACAGGUCCUCUUCUUGGUGUAGACAAAAUGUGAAAGAAGAAGAAUCUACAUAGAUCUGAUGUAUGAUCUGUAAGAAUAUAUACCAGCAGGAAACUGAAAUGGGGAGGUUUUUUGAAACGUUUCACAAUUGAAGCACCUCAAACUCUGCUUUCAAACAUCGAGUCAUUAGUAUAUUGAAUUGUGUGUUCUCCAAAUAUGCCAGGAGCUCACUAACACUGAAACCAACUUAAGUUCUUCUAAAAAUCACAGUGCAACAGUAUCCUUGACGUUAAAUUUAUAGAAGCCUGUGAGCUUGUGAAGAUGGCUCUUACUUGGUAACAGAAAACCUGAGGAUGCUUGCUGGUUCUGUAUUAAUUACCCUAGAUUUCUAAGUAACUCUUUCAGUUUCAUUUAUUUCUCACAGAUUAUUGUUUUUAUAUACAUAGCAUUAAAUGUUUUAACAAAUACAGAAGAUGACUCCAACCAGGCAAAGUGACAGUGUAAGAAAUAUCCUGUAAAGGUCGAUAUCUUGAUGUAUCUGAAUCCAAGCUGUUCAAAAGCUGUAUCUGCAUUAAGAGCUCACGUAAACGUAGAAACUAGGAAAUCCCAGGGCUUAAAGACUUUGGGUGUCCGACUCCUCAUCUGCACUGCUGUGAGCACUUGGGGAUACUGCUUCUGAAUGGCUUUGUAAACGUUUGUUGUAUAUUAACCUCAAGUGUUGCUCCCCCCCCCCAUUUACAUUAAGUUUUGUAGUCAGCGUCACUGGAUGAAGCUCCUCUUGUGAACACUGCUUUAUUUGGCAUUCCUCACGUAUUAGUGCUGCCAUAGAUACCAGCUAUUGAAGUACCAGGGGACUUGCUUUGAUUUUAAUGUGUUUCUUUUCCCACAUAGUCUCUGCAGAAACAUUCCCUAGUUAGAAAUGUUCUGCCAUUAUGAAAAUUUUAGUAUUUAUUCAUUUAUUUGUGCUUGAUCUGUUUUUUACCACUAGAUUCCAUUAAAACAAUCCUGUUAGAUUGUAGCAAAUUACGAAGAGCCCAUAUAAGUUUGAAUUAGGAGUGAGAUGGUUUAGCCAUUGCAUAUAUACGUGCUUUUAACUUUCCAUAGCGUGAGGCAACUGGCCCACUUCUUGGUGAGAGAGCAACGUGCUCGUACAGCUGAUUUGAGCCCAUGCCGAUGGCAGUUGCUCCGGAGUAGCUGACGUACCGUGGGACCGCUCUUCAGUUCUCUUGUGAUUUGUAGAGGGAGGCUGCAGCUCUUGAUGUGCCUCGCUGCCCGCCUUGACUGGAGAUGGAGACGCAUUGUUCGGGUGCGUCCGCAGUGUGUAACUUUCUCAUGAUUUGAUCAAAGUCAGACUUUGGUGCCAAGGUAAGGCUCUUCACGUGUGUUUUCUGUUCCUCUUGUAUUUCACACGUAGGCGUGUUUUUUGGACCUUUUCUCUCCAUGUAAAAUGAUCAUUUGGAAAAGCAGCGUGAUGGUGGCACCUGUAUUGUGAAUACAAUGGUUCUGCUUAAAUGCUUAAGGAGAAAAUUAACUGGUGCGUGACUUCUGUUUUCCCCCAACCAUAAUUUUCCCAGUCCGGGUCAAAAUUAGAUUCACAAAAUCUGUGCGAGUAACUUUCUUCUCCCUGGCUUUGUAUAGCAAAACAAACUUGAGUCACGUUUCAUUUUUUUUUUUUUUAAAGGUAGAUUUCAAAGUAUUUUUGUCUUAUUUGGCCUGACUCCUCCUACUGUAAUACAAAUGGAUAGAAAAUGAAGAUACAUUUGGGUCAUGGAUUUGAAAUGUUUUGAUUUGAAAUUUGAAAAAAGUGUAUGAAACACGUUCACAAAAAAAUACGGCUGGAUUUCCUUUACUUUCUUGUGGGGUUUGGAACCCAACCCUGUGUUACCUCAACAGAAAACACACAUCGCUCUUGUCUUCACGAAGCUUUGUCUCUAAAAUUUCCGCUGAGGAGAGAGAGUGUUCUUAGAGUGCUGCUGGCCACCUCGUACCUGGGAUCAGCUUCACGUGGACUUGGGUGACGUGACCAUAAAAACACAGUUUGGAACUAGUGUUUCUAUGGGUGCUGCUGCUGCUGGCGCUGUGGUGUUCUGUCGUGCACUUUCGGGUCUUUCACUGCAACGUUACUGGUUAAGAUUUUGGUUUACACAAAAAGAGACGCACAAUCUGUACUGUGUGUGAGGCUGAGAGAUGUUGAAUGGAAUCGGCGGUUCCCUCUUGGUCCCGUUGGUGCUUAAGGCUUUGUAAACUCUGCAGUCUUGAACAGCUGAUGGUUCUUUCACGUGGAUGUAUCUUGGACCAAGGGAAAAAUUAUGCUUUUAGUCUUACUUUAAUCAGAACAAUUCUCUGUGUACAUACCUUCUCCCCACCAAACCCUUCCUGGUCUAUUUUAGGUCAUUCAGAAAUAUGUUUUAUAAUGUUCUCGAUUGUAGAUACUUUGCUGUGUUACAAAACUAAAUGCAAAUACUUGCCGCCUUAGGUUGAAUUUUUUUGUGAAAAGCAGUGGUCAUGUGUCUUUUCCUCUGUUUGAAGUGUUACACUGAAUGGUUUUGUAGGAAGAUUUUUUUUUAACUGUGCUUUCAAUAAAGUUAAAGUGUGAUUCG